AUCAACGACCCGUCAGAGUAAGAUACCGCUAUGAUUAUAAAUAAAAGACAAUAAUAUAAAAAAUGUUGAGUUGAAUUUAACUCUAAAUUCCUGUUAUUCUGUUUAAACUGAAUUUUUCGUUUUCAUAACCAUGACUUCUGUAUCGGCGACUUUAAAAACGUCUUCUGAAACUGGUUCUACUAAGAAUUGGUGGCUGAUGUUUUCUGCUGUUGUGUGUUUUUCAUUUGCCAGUCGAUUUUACCAGGUUGCAACUCCCGACCAUGUAUGUUGGGAUGAAACUCAUUUUGGAAAAAUGGGAAGCUGGUACAUAAAAAGGACGUUUUUCUUUGAUGUGCAUCCACCUCUGGGAAAGAUGUUAAUUGCUUUAUCUGGCUACCUCACUGGGUACGAUGGAAACUUUCCAUUUGAAAAACCCGGAGACAAGUAUUCUGGGGUAAACUACAUCGGCAUGAGAGCUUUCUGUACAUUUCUGGGAGCCUGUAUCCCUCCUCUAGGCUUCUUGACUGUCUGGGAGAUGACGACUUCACUGGUUGCUGCUUCAUUUGCUGCCCUACUCAUUCUCUGUGAUGUGGGAAUUUUGACGUUGACACAAUAUAUACUUCUGGAUCCAAUCUUACUGUUCUUCGUGAUGGGCUCUACGUAUGGUAUGGCAAGGUGUCAUAGCGGGCGCAAUAAACCUUUUUCUAUCCAGUGGUGGAUAUGGCUCGUAUUCACUGGAGUCAUGAUCGCCUGUGCCUUCAGUGUGAAGUUUGUGGGAUUAUUUGUGGUGUUGCUGGUUGGGCUUUGUACACUUGCAGAGCUCUGGGAUAUUUUAGGCGACAUCUCUCGGCCUGUUACUUAUACCAUAAAACACUUCAUAGCAAGGGUACUCUGUCUCAUCAUUCUUCCAGUUUGCCUCUACGUCUCAUUUUUUUACAUUCACUUGACAGUACUCAACAAGAGUGGCAACGGAGAUGGUUUCUACAGUUCAGCAUUCCAGUCACAGCUACAAGGCAACACUCUUCACAAUGCCAGCAUGCCAAGAGAUGUGGCGUACGGAGCAGUGGUAACACUCAAAAUACACAGGACAGGUGGUGGUUACUUACACUCGCACUGGCAUCUGUACCCUGAGGGUGUGGGAGCUAGACAACAGCAGGUUACAACGUACACACACAAGGAUGACAAUAACCGCUGGGUGGUGAAGAAGUACAACAAGGAGGUGGACAAGGAAGAUGAGGUGGAGCUGGUCCGGCACGGGGACUUGAUCAGGCUCGAACACGUAGUGACACGUCGAAACCUGCACUCUCACCGGGAACCUGCUCCUGUCAUCCAAAGAAAACACUACCAGGUCACUGGAUACGGUGAGG